CGCCUUCACAUUGCCUAAAAAAUUUCCAGCAACUGAUUUAAAAGCAUUCCAAGCUCGUAAUUCAGUUUCAUUUAGAGCACUGUCAAAUACAUCAUCAUUCAUGAUUUUCCAUAUUUGUGGACCCACAAAUAUUCCCUCUUUAAUGUUUGCCUCACUAGGUCUCGGAAAUGUUUGUUUUAAAUGCAGAAACCCUCUUCCAUUUCGAUCCAUAGCUUUCAUAAAAUUUUUCACCAGUCCCAACUUAAUAUGCAAAGGUGGAAGCAACACGUUUUUGGAAUCGACUAGUGGUUCAUGAGCAAUGUUUUUUAGACCCAAAGUUGAUACCUGACGUAAUGGCAGCUUUCUCCUGUCAACAAAACACAGCCCUUUUUGGUGCAGGCCACCGUAUCAUGUUACUAUAUUGGAGAUUUCUGGCGGUUGAGAGUAAUUCUACUGCCUUUUUGUCACCAAACAUUUGUGCCCAUAUUUUGAUCGCUACAAAAGAAGUUUGAAUAGACGUCUAUGUACUUUUUUAUGUGAAUGCACCUGGAGAAUUUGUAAUUUGUAUUUCAGUAACAUAUUACGGACACUUAGUCUCGUCGUUUGUUAUUUGAGCGGCCCGCAGGCUCUUGUCUGGCAGAAUGGACAUUUAGUGGUAUAUGAGGUCUCAGGCUAUCAGCUCCUGCUAACGAAGCCUUUUGUAUAAAAUUAUGGCACAUUCUGUAGACGAUAUGCAAGACCACCAGUCCCUUCACAAUCUCAACACAGACCUGUCAAGCAGUGACCUCAAACCUGUCAAAUCAACCGACAUGCGUGAAAUUCCUCACGGUGAUCAUGUGAAGAGGGGCAACCAGUAGGCUUUCAAUCAUGGAUUACAGCUACAAAUUACAGCACAACAUCGCAUUUACCACGGCCGACCAGCGGCACGCUUUGGACACUGGUGACGAACUGGAAACAGACGACGAAACCCACAAUCAAUCCAAGUCAUCCAGCCCCAUAAGGUCUGCAGGGGACAUGGCACAGAGUGUGUCCUCCAUCAGCACUAGCAUCUUGGAUGAUGGAGAGGAGAUAAAAGCACUCAAGGACAAGCUGGUCAACACGGAGCUCAAGUACAAGGUGUUGGAGUGUGAGAUGGAGAAAACCAAUACAAGCCUCAUGAAUGAAAAGGCGAAAAACGCGAAAUUAGAAAAGAAACUGCAAUUUGUCAAAGAUAACCAAGAAGUAUUUAUGCGUUUAAAAGAAGCAUAUAUCAACAUGAAGUAUAACGAGGCUGCUGGUAGAAAGAUGAUAGAGAUAAGAGAAAAGGGGAUUCAAACAUGGGAAGGUAUUCUGUGUAGGUCUUGUAUUGAGACAGAGCAAGUGAGAAGGCAGAUACAGCGUGUGAAGGAUGAAUAUAAAGACUCACUCAUACUGACAUCACCUGAGAUGGCACAAAUGACAAAUACAGUAAACUACCUGAAGGAUUUAAUUGAACGAAGGGAGAAGUCUUGGGGUUUGAACAUGGAAAGGGAUGAAAAGAUGCGCACCUCGCUCGCCUUGCUUCAGGAUGAAAACUUGACUUUGAGGAAGUUGAUCCAAGAAAGACCUGCCAGUACGACCACAACCAACGCCAUGGAAGAUAAGCCUCCUGACGAACAAAUCACCGUUGCAGCUCUCAGUGACCCUCAGCUGUAUGAACUGAUUCAACUAAAGAAAAUUAUAAUCAAGUUCGAGAAGAGGUUCAGGGAAUUGCAACAAGCUAAUCCAGAAAUGUCCAAAUUGACUCCUGCCUUCAAUGAAAAGGAGCUGAAGCUUAUCAGUCAACUGAUGACCAGAUAUUAUUCUAAAAGAAAAGCGAGAUCGAUGACUAGAAGCCAUACUCGAGAUCCAGAAGUCUGUCAUAGUGUCACCAGGUUCACUAGAUCCGCGAGGUCAGCCAGCAGGCGAUCAUCCAUCAGAAGUCGGACUGAGUAUGUUGAAAAAACUGAAGCAGUCCCGGACACUGCCAUGUUCCUGAUGGAUUAUCUAUUCGAGAGUGAUACUGCACACUGAUUUAUAUCACCAAUACAGUAUUAUAUCAAAUUUGUCGUGUAAUUUUUAGUAUUCGUUUACUUUUGUAGGUGGAAAUUUGGAAAUAUAUACCGAAAUGUAACGUUAACUUGAAUCGCAAAUGCUAUUGAAAUUCAAUCUUCUCUUGUUGACGAGUCGAAUAUGAAUAUAUGAGUUAAACGCCAUUUGGCUAAGCUACAUAUUCAAAAAACAAAAAAUAACGUUUGACUUUCAUUCCCAAAUUAUUUUUGGGUGUAUUACAAUACCUAUCUAAAAACCCUCGUAUACACUUUCUUGUUAGUACUUUAUCUAGCCACCAGAGGCUCUCCUUGUUCAAAUGUCGUUUUUUGCGAAGCUGUCAACAACUGUCAACCACAACAUAUAACAUAACCUUCGAUUUUUAAUUGUUUUGUUUUGGCAGAUUGACCCUUGAUCUUGAAAGUCUGUGCAGUUUCCACGAUUAAAAAAAGAGUGAAAUCACUUAGAAACCUGUUCGUCUUGUGAAAACAUCUGCUAUUAGUACUCUUGCUACUGCGAUCAGUGUAUUGUAUCAUCUUGACAAAGUAAGUUGUUUUAUUAUGCUUUAAAAAAUUGUGUUACACUGUACACAAUACAAUACAUUUUUGGAGAUUUUUCCAAUUUUAACUGCUCAUGCUCAUUAAUUUAAUGGAUCACCAAGCAACAACAGUUGUAACAAAACUUUCUUUGUCUACAUAAUUGAUUAUGAAGCAUGGCAUGAUGCAUUCAUAUUUGAUGGGUGCACUUACUGUAAAAUCCAAUAAACUAACUUAUUUCAAUAAUUUCUAUAAUUUCUUUCACUUCUUUAGCUCAUAACUUUGUAAUAUAACAUGGGUGAUAUUAUUCUGUGCAACAGAAGAUAAGUAUCAUUAUAUUGUUUUUAUGUGAUUUUAAGUAGGUAUGUUGCUGCUAGUGCUGUUUUAGGAAUGACCUGCUGUGACUGAUUUCCAGGGUUGCUAAUGCAUAUACGGUUUGAAAAAUGACUUGAAAAGUACAAGUCGUAUUAGGAAAUAUUUUUAUUUAUCUCAUAUACAUAUGCCUAAUAUACUAAAUAUAGUACCCACUACCUGCCUUACAAACUCUGACAGAAUUACAUAUUGUGAGAAAUUUGCAGCUGAACUAUGCACAAUUACUUAGGGAGUGUCUACCAAGCAGGUAACACUUGAGUGUUGUGCUGUAUGUUAAUUAAUAUUUUUUAUGGUAAGACUAAAUAUAAAUAGCUGAAGAAAAUACAGAUGCAAGAUGCAUGUAUUUAUGUCUUUACUUUGCUGAAAUUAAAAAACUAUGUUUAUAUGUAAAACCAUUUUCAUUGAUAAUUGAUCCAUUUUAAAGAAACUAUCAGACAGAAGUUGUACAGUUUGCAUAUAGGCAUGUAUGGGUUAAAAUCUUGUACAGGGUGCCCAUGUAGAACAGCAGCAAUGAAUAUGUCCUGUACAUUAUCAAUGAACUUACCAACUUAUCCUCAGUUAAAAAAUUCUUGCUAUGAUAUGCAUAUAACAAUCCUCAGUGUCCUAUAUCAUAAACCAACACUUAAUUUAAUUGAUUCGAAUUCAGCAUUCAAAUAGAAUUUGCUCAUUUACUAUGUAGUUAUAUGAUGGUUGUGUAGGAAUAUGGUAAUCAGUAAGAAAUAUUAUACUGUUAAGGAACUGAUCAUGCACAAUCUGCUCACCUCAACUUACAAACUGGAGAGAUUAAAACUUUGAUUCCUAAAAAAUGUCUAUAAAAAAUGUUUUGGUAUCUAUGGAGUUAUCUUGUUUAAAUACCUGGAUUUUCAAAAGUACCACCAUGUAUUAUGUAUUUCCAAAUUUCUUAAAAAUCAGUGCUUUGGUUGCUAAGAUUAGCUGGUGACAAAAACGUCAGUGGCAUGGAUUUUUGUAAUCUAACAUGCCACAAAAUAUUCAAAAAACAUAUUCCAACUGUAGAAAUUUUCCUGAUAGGACAACAUGAGUACUUGUUUCAUCAGAUAUGAGCAAAAUCAUGUUUACACAUGUAUGCAUGUACCAUUGUUUAGUGUUACCAUGGCUACUACAUACACUGGUUGUUUGAGAUCAGACCAACACCUGUAUCUGGACCAUAGAGUUGUAUGAGUAUAAUGGAUAUCAUGAUAUCAUUAGUGGAAUCUGGCAUUAAAUUAUUUUACCAAUGUUGUAUAAAAAUCUAAAUUUGAACACACAGUUGAAAAAAUGCUAGAAAGAAAAAAUCGUAAUAGUAAAUAUUUAGGUAUUAUGACAAAAAUAUUCCAUCAAAUUAUAAAAAAGAAUUGCUUGUGCCAAAAAUGCAAUAGAAAAGUCCAUAGACUCAUUUUCAAUAUGCCUGAGUGUGUGGGAUUAUUUCCCCCACAUCUUGUCUCUCAUUUAACUUAUUUUUUCAGAAGCAGAAUGAUAUAAAAAUAUCAUAUCACAUAGAUUGAUAACAGACAGCAGAGGUGCUAUGCUGUUUGUAACCUUGCAGUAUCAUCAAUAUUUAAACGGG